AUGGUUAAGGGUACAAUUUUUUCAUCAAGUAGUGUUCGUCGUAAGGGGUGGCGAUCUAGUCGAUGGUCCGUUCCGUAUUCAAUUUCCUUUCCGCCGUUUAUAGGCACCCUCUCAAGCCAGACUUCGCGCAACCAGACAGCCAGCAUGGUUGACGCAAAUGUCGAGGAUUCAGAUUCGUCUCACGACAACAAUAUGCCUACACAAGUUCAGAGACAACACUUUUAUGCCUUGUAUACUUUUCAUUCAACCAGAUCCAACCAGCAUCAUCAUCAUGAAGACAAAAGCAGCAAAUCUACAGCAGGAAGUGGGACAAAAAAAGGUGAUGGCCUGGGAGAUGAGGCGGAAGAAGAGGAGGAAGAUGGUGAUAUAGAAGAGUUAAGUCUUUCCAUUGUGGCCACUGAUCUUAAUGCUGGAGUUGAAACUGAGCUACGGAAAUGUUUGGUCCAGCGACUGUCCAAAGGAGUUGACUGUGUGGGCAGUGGGAACGUGGUCAGCCUAACAUCCAGUGAAAACUCGGAAUUCCCUUCAGUUUGUUAUUAUUGUUUAUGGAAGUCUGACUCGAAUCCCUCUGUUACUUGUGGUGCUCCACUGCUGCCUCCGUCCGCAACAACACAGACGUCUUCCACUGGAGAUUACCUUGUCUGCUUUCUGUUUGUUGACCUUGAUGACUACAGUGGAGGUGUUCUGCAAUACCUUGAUGCUGAGAUGUCCAAAAAGGAUGAAAAAGACAAGCUUAGCCGAAUAGACACUUGUGUAAAGAAUUACUUACAGGCUUGGCCUGUUGUGGCUAUGGAUUAUUUAUGUCGGUGUUUAGAUGUAUUAAACACCAAUGUCCACCAUUUGAUAUAUUGUGCUUUGAUUGGUGCCCAUCUUGAAAUAAAUGGUGGAACAGAACAGUUCCAAAAAGAUGUUCGGAAGUUUGUGCGUAGUUGCACAUUGGAAGGCUUUGAGAAUUUGCAGCAAAGUAAUGUGAUGUCAAAUAGUUGUGACAGUUGGCAGACAUUAGACAUUCAGCCAAACAUUGUGUCUGGCCCAACUGACAAAGCCACAAACAAGGUUGGACAUGAAGGCAAUGGACUCAUCUCUUUGACCCUAGAACCAGGAGAUAAAUUCCAUUUUGAUCCAGGCACAAGUUGCCAAUUCUGUAAAGAGUGGGCAGACAAAAUGGUCAAUAGUGACCGACACAAUGCAGUCUACUUAAAAGUCACAAUUGAUUCUUAUAAAUUACAGUGUAUCCAGCACAUUAAUACUUUGAAUCGACUUCUGAAACAAGCUGACAAUGACCAUUAUGCUUUAUAUAGGGCUUAUGUGUUUUUGAAGAAUUCUGGUUAUGGAAAUGUUUUGCUUAAAUAUUGCCAAUUACUUGACCUCCAACCUAACGAUCUUGAUGCACUACGAGCCCUGGAGGAAUUCAUUGAGGAGAAUAAUGACAUGAUGAACUUGUCUUUGUCUUGA